AUGCCUGGAGGUCUUGUUGAAGGCGCAUUUAUGUUUCAGGAUUUGAUAAGUUUGAAAAAUCUUAUAGGACAGAUUACAUCUUCCAAUGGACCAUGUGUGACACGUGCACGUUUUUGGGCUCAUGAUCAAUCUAUCCCAUUUUUUCGCUUUUCGCUAUCUCUUUCGUCACAUCUAGAACUCGAUGAAACGAAUGAUCAAGUAAUCGUUGGCUUCUUAUGGGACACGCAGCAUGUGCUCGAUAGUUUGCUUCCUUUGACACAAGCAAAAGUUUGUGCGUCCGAGUGGUUUGAGGCCAAUGCAAAAAGAAAAGUCUUUGCUCAUUGA